AUGAUGUCGACACUGGUGUCGGGUAAGCCGAGCACACCGGCGGUCACCUGGAAGGAGAUCGAGGUGUGGAGCCCACUGCUGAUGAACGAGACGAGCCUGGUGUGUCCCGGGGUGGCCGAGCCGAAUGUGCCCUUCGCGUGCUCCGUGGGGUUCUUGGAUGCGUAUAAGGGGAAUGUGUCGGUGGAGUUUUGGGACGGGUCGUUGGGGGGGGUGUCGGAGGUGCUGUCGGUGCCAGAUCGGAAGGUCGUGUCUCUGGGCACGCCCCCGCCUAAGGGCAUCCCCGACUCGGGAGUGGGCGUGAAAUACCCGGGUCCGACCGAGGUCGUCGUGAUCGAGCUCCGACACUCGCGGGUCCCCUUCUCCGGCACGAUCGAGUUCGUGGAGCUCUACGCUCUCAACGGCUCCGUCCAGCUCUCGUUAAAAAAUGGGAAGACUUUGAGGAAGCCACGAAAAAAGUAUCUCUGCGAAACAGGUGGAAUCGUGGACGUGUGCGGUGGGGUCGCUGUGCCGAGAGGAUUACACGCACUGCAGCGACACCUGCGGGAAAGUGGGGCAAGCCGGGAUGACGUGCAGCGUCCUGGGGAGAUUCUGUCCCGGGGCAUUCGCCUGCAUGCUCGACUCCGGUUGUGGGUUUUGGGGUUUUGGGUGGGUGACGAGGUGGGUGAUGAAGUGGGUGAUGAGGUGGGGUUUGCAGAGGUGGCUGCCUGGAGCGGGAGGAGUCUGGGGAACGUGACGGGGACGGGGGGAUGGGGGUAUCUGGUGACGAGUCUAGCGGUGCAGGAGGGGGAGUUCAUCCGGGUCACGUGUCCGGCUCCGUGCUCCCUCGCUUACAGAGCGAAGAGGAGUUUCCUUCGAGUGUCGUAUUUGGUCGUGCCGAAAAGCCCUCACACAUUCAAAAACGUUAUGAGUUUUGCAAUGAAAUUCGGCACAUACACAGCUCUAGAACCGACCACGAGUCAUUCCAAAUCCCGUACAAAAACUCUCACCGGUAAAGCCACAAUAUCCCUAAAUCGCCUGCCCAGGGACGCGUGGCCGGGGGAGGAAGGCGACUUCGACCCGACGACGGGGAACGACACCUCCCGGCGAUAUUUCGUCCGGGCCGUCGUCGGCGAGGACGAGUUCAAGCUCGACGUCGUGAGGACUUGCACCGACAAUCCCAAUCCCGCGACAGUCACCAUCACGCCCGAACCCCAAGGAUACCCCAUUUUCACAGCCGGGAAUCCCGCCGAGGCGAGCAUCCCAUGCGAAAUCCCCAUCAAGAAUCUCCGCUUCGUGAACCCCACGGCAGGGUCGUACUUCGCCGUCGGGGUCUCCAUCGACCUGGCCAUCCGGAUGGACACUGGGUCCCCGGUGAACCUCUUCUACCAGUGGGGCGACGGCUCGGCCAACACCACCGACUUCAUUUCGGGUACGUUCGGAGGCCUGCACUGGUCGAAUUUUCCUCACCCGAUGCGAAUCGCGUCCCGACUCGAAAUCCGACCCGUCGUGUCGGAUCGCGGCCCGCUUAGGGCUCUAAUCUUUGCCGACCGAGCUAUACGACCGAUUUGCGGGUCGGAAGCGAACCCAUCGACCCCCUACAAUUCGACGAAGACCUACGCCUCGGACGGAACGAUGACGGUGACGGUGACGGGCGUGAACACGCACACCGCGCUGACCCAAGGCGGCGUCCCCGCCCGGGCCUCCAUCGCCCUCCACCUCCAGUUCCCCGUGUUGAACGAGUGGACGCUCACGGCGGUCUCGGGCGUCACGAACGGGAUCGUUCUGUCUCCGCCUGGCAAUGUGGCAUUCCAGCUGUCGUGCUCCUGCGCCCAGCUGCCGACGUCGGCGACGGCCGUCUGGGACUUCGGGGACGCCGGCCCCACCACCACCCAGCCGGUGGGCGGCAGCUCCCUGUCGCAGGCCCACGCCUUCUCCGCCGAGGCCACUGGAUCCAGUCGGGCCUUCUACACCGUCAGGGUGAACGUCUCCAACCAGGUCUCGUCGGUCGUGUUUCCGCUGACCAUCGGUGGCGUUCAGAAGCCGCUGGAAGUGUGGGAUAUGAUCGUGAACGUAACGAUGGACAUAAGAUACACGUCUGAUUUGGGCCUCCUCGUGCCCGGCUUCGGGGACCGAGGCACGUGGUACCCCAGCGACAAGAACACCACCUUCCUGCCGAAGGUCUCACAAGGGGUGGUGUCGAAAUACAGGAUUUACCUUGCGAAUGGGACGCUGAUGACCGAGUGGAACGUGACGGACAAGUUCAACGCGUUCAACGAGAGAUGGGACCAUCACUUCGAAAUCGAGGGGACGUACAACGUAACGCUGGAGGCGUACAACGAGAUCCAGGGCUGGGUGAACUCGAGCCAGAUUUACGAGGUCGUGAUCGUGGGGCACGUCACGAAUCUCGUGAUCGACGACUACCGCAUCGUCACGAAGCCGGGCACUUUGAAGGAGAUGGAGAUCCGGUUCGACUCGAUCGGGGGGGCCACGUGUCUCGUCGUGGAUUUUGGGGAUGGGACUGCUCCGCUCUCCUACGGGGAUUCCAACACCUGUUCCAAUGCGACGGAGGCCUAUUAUCAGCAGUUUACUCCUCUCACCAAUCCGAUCAAGGUUUACCACUAUUACAUGAUUCAAGCCCUCCACCGAUCCCUGCCUCCCCCUGGCGAGGAAAGGAUGCGAUUGGUGGAGAGCUCGAGUCCUCCGCCAAUCGCAUCCUCCCCUCGUGCUGCAAAGGCAUGGGGUGAGGCGGAAUCGCUACGCUCGGGUCGCCGAGUCGAAGACGGAUCAAGGUACGAGAACACCUACAACGUGUCGGCGCGUGCGUGGAAUCACAUGUCGUCGGCUUCGGGCGUUCUGCCGAUCGUGGUGGCAGACGUGGACUGCCUUUACCCUCUGGUGUGGAUCGACGACCACGCCCCUUCCUUCUAUAAGUCCAGCCAGAUCGCUCUGAACGGCCAAGCCAACAUCAAUUGCACCAGCAACAACACCGUCACCACCUUGUCUGGACUCACAUCAUCAUACUCCCCCCCCCCUCCCCCUAUCCCCCCACCCCACCCUCAUUCAACGUCUCCUAUCUCGUCCCACAGAAAGCGCUGGCGGAUGUGGAAGGUGCAGGCGACGACCGUGUUGAAUGAGGUAACGAUCGCGAACGUGCUUGACUCGUGGAGCCGCCCCCAACUGAUCAUCCCCUCCGGAUUCCUCGACUACGGCAUCUACAAACUCACCUACACCGUCACCAUGUCCGGCCGCCCGAUCUUCAAUACCUAUCCGAUCGAACGAGACGCAGAGACGUCCAUCGAGGUGAAGCCGUCCCCCCUCGCAGCUAUGAUCGUGCCGGGUGCCAUGUCUAGGAUCCUGAGGCCUCUGGACGGGACCGUGGAGUUGGAGCCUGGGAUCUACUCUUCCGAUCCCGACUCGCCCGGCGACAAUACGUAUUACUGCAAACGAGUCACUGAGUACUACCCCACGGCGAACGGGAUCUUGGACCGGACUCCCCGCCCGAUCCUGACCACGCCACCGAUCCCCGACGGCGGCGGCUGCUUCGGCAACGGCGCAGGGGUCUUGGAGAGCACGAGCGGGACCCUGUUGAUCCCGGCCGUCUACUUCUACGAGCCCGGCCUCUACAACGUGAUGGUGCUGGUGAGGAAGGACGAUCGCAUCGGCGAGGCGUUCCUCGACGUCGAGAUCUCGCCGAACAGUUCCAUUCCCAACGUCGAGAUCAGGUGCAAGGUGGCAUCCCUGUGCCAGCCCCCCAACGAAGACGGGAUCACCAUCAACCCCACGACGCGAUUCGCGAUCGAGGGGGCUUGCAGCUCCGGGUGCAACAGCCUCACGGGGCUCACGUACAAGUGGGAGCUGCGGACGGUGGAUUUUGGGUUGGCGGGGAAGGAGAUGACGCUGUCGGAGGAGUUCUUCAAGUAUCUCAAGGAGAAGGGGCUGGAGAAGUUUGCUCUCAGGCUGACCAUCACGGAUGCGGAGACGAAGGAAGUCGGUUACUCGGAAUACUACAUGACGGUGAAUUCGCCGCCGCAGCAAGGGACGUGCACGACCGUGCCGAAGUCGGGCUCCGUGCUCAACGCCUCCAUCGACCCCAUCGACGUCACCUGCGUCGGCUGGGUGGACAAGGAAGGAGCCGGGAUCAAGGACUACACUCAUUUUGGUAUGUCUCUAUUAGAUGCGAGGGCAGCUCAGUGGCAUGGGGAAGGGGGCGUUCCUCAUUCCAACCUACCUUCACCACCUUCACCUUCCGUCCAAUGGCCUUUUCAUUUUUCGUCCCUGUAUGCGAAUCUGGCCAAGGAGGAGAGGGUGGUCGCCCUCCUCCCCCCUCCCUCCUCCCGGGUGAGCCCUUCCGUGCGAUCAGGUGGUUCAUCGAUGCGUUUGUCGACAGCCUUGCAAGUGGACGACGGAUACAAGAGAUCCGACCUGGUCACCACGAACGUUCCGAUCGAAACUUUGUAUCUCGGGCUCGGGGUCUACAACCUCUUCGUCAACGUCACCGACAUGUGGGGAGCCUACACCACGGUGGAUCUCGGCAACUUCACCAUGAUAAUGCCGACCCGCGAAGCCUAUGAGGCGAACUCCAACCUGCUGAACCAACUGUCGGCAGCCGGCGACACCGACACCGUGAUCAUGAUGACCCAAGCCCGCGCCUCCGUCACUCGGAACGCUCCCUGGCUCAACGUCAGCCUCGCGGCCGGCCUCCCAGCCAACGAGACCGAGAAGAGGCUUCUCGACAUCCAGGCGACCUUCAAAGAGGCCCUGCAGCAACUAAACGCCCUGGGCAGCACCGCCACCCCAGGCCAGAUCCUAGCCGCCACCAGCGCCCUGGCCCAGCUCACCUCCGGGAUCGACCCCAACGACGCCUCCACCCUCGCCCUGGGCCUCGAGGCCCGCCGGGCCAUGACCGACAUCCUCCAGAGGAUGGCCCCCACCCUGGGCGCCAUGGACUUCCCCAGCCCCCAGACGGCCGUGCCCAUCCUCGCCAACCUGCUCGUCGCUGGACCCAAAGCAAUGGAGGGCGUGUUGGGUCAACUGAAUAACGGCGGGAAUUGCGACGAAGAUCCCCUGGUGAACACGCCCUUCUGCUCCCCCGUCGACAGGGAACAGACGACCCUGGACUAUCAGAUGCCUCCAUUGGAUAAAUUGUGGGCGCAGGCGAGCGACCCCCGGACGCAGGAGUGCUGCUACAUCCUGGAUCGGGCGCGGUACGAGUCCAGGCCCCUGGGGGAUGCUGUGCAUGACGUCAUCGAUAAGAUCGGGUCCAAGGUCGUGGAGUCGCUGGUCGUCGGGGAGAGCGUGGAUGUCAAGACGGACACGGGGGCCAGCAUCAAGAUAUCCAAGCGAGUCUUUCGUGUCUCGAUCGGUCGUAAUGAGCGUGUCGUCGAAACGAACGAGUCGUUCAUCGGUGACGAUGAGUCGUCGAUGAGCGACUCGGGAGGUGCGACGAAGUUUGUGCACCUCCACGAAGUGCAGAAGUGGGCUUCGGGUGGUCUCGCGAUCGGCGGGCUCGGUGAGAAAAGUCCGGUACUCCGGUCUCAUAGAAAUUGGCUUUUCAGGCUGGACGCGAAUGACUUGAGCAAGAAGCCGAUCGAAUUCGGGGAUGGCUCGUCGGUUUCGUUCCCGAAGUGUCCUCUGCAGAAUUGCGACAGGCCGGUGGGGUUGGUCCUCGUCGAGACGCCGAAGGCCACCAAGAAUGGGGAACUGAGCAACGCGGAAUCCGUCGGGGGCGUGAAAUCCGUGUCCGUGGACCUGAAAGACGCGAACGGGACGACCAUUCCGCUUCAUAACAUCGAUCCGCCCCUGCAGCUGAAAAUCCCCGUUCUGCCCCAACCCAACGCUUCUUCGACUUGCGAGUUCGUGGACCCGGUGGCCCGACUGCAGAACCGACGGCUCCCGAUCGUCUACCACACGUUCGAGAAGCCCAAGAACCGCGGGCUCCUCGUGCUGGAAUUCAUCAUCGACGCGGCCGAGGUGCCGAAUCAGAAUUUUCUCCUCCUGAGCCGGUCCGACGGGCAGCCCACGCCCGUCCCGGGGGAAUUCGACCAGACGGGCGACUACAUGGGGGCCUUCCAGAUCACGCAGCUCACGCAGGUGGAAGGCGAACCAGGGAAGUACCGCAUCCUGGCGUGUUCGGAGGUGAGCAGCAACGAACCGACGAAGCCCACCGGGGACAACCCCGGCACCAACGUCACCAUCGGGGUCAUGAUGCUCCUCAAAGGCCUCAAGUUCAAGGACAUACUCAAGGACGUCCCCACCUUCGACACCAUGCUGAGCUUCCUGCAAACCUUCUCCACCCGCUACUGCCUCCAGAGCAUCCACUCCUCCGUGCUCUACUGGGACGAGUCCUCCAAGAGAUACAAGGACGACGGGAUCAACACAAAUCAAUCGAUCGAGAUUCCCAAGAAUAGUCUCCCGCAAAUAUUCCUCGACGGAACUGCAUCGUUGCAGAUGACCGGAGCGUCGUGGGAUCACUUGACGGCCAACGUGAGUCACUUGACGAUGUUCGGCGGAGGCUUCUUCGUCAUGCCCAACAUGGUGAACUUCGACUACGUCUUCGCCCACGCCGGAUUCGACGACAAUGUCACCAUCUACAUGACGAUCAUCGUCAGCGGGGCCAUCUACAUCGUUCUCCUCAUCUGGGCCCGGUGGCAGGACAAUAAGGACGUGGAAAUGGUCGGUGCGAUCCCACUCCCGGACAACGAUCCGCAUCACAAAUACGUUUACGAAAUCCUGGUCAACACCGGAGACAAGAACAGCGCCGCAACUGACUCCGUCGUCUCGGUGAGGGGAGAAGGGAGGGAGGAUGAGGAAAGGAGGGAGGGAGGACGGUUCAUCCUGGCGGGGGAGAAGGAGGAGACGGAGGUGAGGACUUUCGGGAAGCCGAAGAGGCCUGUGUUCCGGAGGGGGAACAUGGACGCCUUCGUCAUGACCACUGCGAGGCCCCUGGGGAACCUGACAUACCUGCGAAUCUGGCACGACAACUCCGGUCGGGGCUCCAGCCAGUCCUGGUUCCUCAACUACGUCGUCAUCAAGGACAUCCAGACCGGUGAACAAUACGAGUUCGUCGCCGACCGGUGGUUUGCCGUCGAGGAGGAUGAUGGACAGUCGCGAUUCGCACGCCCCCAGAUCGACCGCCUGCUGCCGGUGGCCAGCGAGGAGCAGAAGAAGAACUCCAAGUUCCUGUUCGACACGCACAGGGAGAGGAACCUCCGGGACGGGCACCUGUGGUUCUCGGUGUUCAUGCGGCCGCCGCGGAGCCGCUUCACGCGGGUGCAGCGGGUGUCGUGCUGCAUGGCGCUGCUCUACCUGUCCAUGCUGGCCAACGCCAUGUGGUACGGGACGGUGAAGGAAACGCCGACUGGGAAUGCGCUCAAGCUCGGGCCUUUUGUCCUCACUCCGGCGCAGAUUGGAGUUGGGAUAAUGGCGAACCUGGUGGUGUUCCCGCCGUCUCUCCUGAUCGUGACCCUGUUCCGGAAGAGCCGGCCCCGGGUGCUCCGGCAGUCCCGGAUCGACGCGGCCCUCAACAGUGGCGGGGCUUCGACGUACCAACCGCCCGACCAGAAGAAGGCAAAA